GCGGGCACCGGGGGGCAGAGCGAGCGAGCGCCCGGCGAACGGGCCGGGGACGCGGCGGCGGCGGCAGCAAGAUGGCGGCCAAGUCGGAUGGCGGCGGCGGCGGCGGCGGCGGCGGCGGCAGCGGCUUCGCCCAGCUGCACAACCUGGACGAGGCGGCGGCGGCCACGGGCGGCGGCGUCGGGGCAGCGGCGGCCGAGGUGGCGGAGGAGCCGGGCGCAAGCAGCUCCUUGCACAUCUGCCACUGCUGCAACACGUCGUCUUGCUACUGGGGCUGCCGGAGCGCCUGCCUGCGGAACCUCUUCGGGCGGGCCGCCGCCACCGCCGCCGCCGAGCCGCUGGCCCCGCGCCCCCCCGCCGCCGCCGCCGAAGGGCCGCCGGAGGGCGGCGAGGCGGCCGAGCGGCCGUGGCUGGACUGCCUGUGGAUCGUGCUGGCGCUGCUGGUGCUGCUGGGGGAUGUGGGCACGGACCUGUGGCUGGCGCUGCACCACUACGGCCGGCGGGACUACGUGUGGUGCGGCCUCACCCUGGCCUUCGUGCUGCUGCCCUCGGUGCUGGUGCAGAUCCUGAGCUUCCGCUGGUUCGUGCAGGACUACACGGGCGGCGGGCUGGGCGCCGUGCAGGGGCUCAGCAGCCGCGGGCCGCCCAUGAUGGGGGGGACCGCGGGCCGGCGUGGGGGACCCGCCGGCGGGGUAGGAGGAGCCGGCGGCACCGCCACCCCCGGGGCGCAGCGCCUCUGCAGGAUCUCCGUCUGGGUCUGGCAGUCCGUCAUCCACCUGCUGCAGAUGGGGCAGGUCUGGAGGUAUAUCCGAACCAUGUACCUGGGGAUCCAGAGCCAGAGGCGGAAGGAACACCAGCGGCGUUUCUACUGGGCUAUGAUGUACGAAUAUGCAGACGUAAACAUGCUGCGCCUCCUGGAAACGUUCCUCGAGAGCGCCCCUCAACUGGUGCUACAGCUCUGCAUAAUGAUCCAAAAGAACCGUGCAGAAACAUUACCAUGUGUGUCCUCUGUGGCCUCCCUGAUGUCCCUGGCUUGGGUGCUAGCCUCCUAUCACAAGCUUCUUCGGGACUCUAGGGACGACAAGAAGAGUAUGAGCUACAGAGGGGCCCUCAUCCAUCUCUUCUGGCGCCUCUUCACCAUCUCAUCCCGAGUUAUUUCUUUUGCUCUCUUUGCUUCCAUCUUCCAGCUCUACUUUGGGAUCUUUGUAGUGGUCCAUUGGUGUGCCAUGGCUUUCUGGAUCAUCCAUGGUGGGACAGAUUUCUGCAUGUCUAAGUGGGAGGAGAUCCUCUUCAACAUGGUGGUAGGGAUUGUGUACAUUUUCUGCUGGUUUAAUGUCAAGGAAGGGCGGACUCGAUAUCGAAUGUUUGCGUAUUACACGGUGGUCCUGACGGAGAACGCUGCCUUGACGCUCCUUUGGUAUUUUUACAGAGAUCCUGACACCACUGACUCCUAUGCCGUGCCAGCACUGUGUUGUGUCUUUCUUAGCUUUGCUGCUGGGAUAGCUUUGAUGCUGUUAUAUUAUGGUGUGCUGCAUCCCAUGGGGCCAAGAGCUAAGAUCUUUGCCAGCUCCUGUUGCGCCGAGCUGCUCUGGGGCAUUCCUUUGCCCCCCGAUGUUGAGCCCAUGGCGCCCCAAACCCCUGGGUACCGGGGGGCCCAGGCUACGCCCACCAGAGCGGUCACGGAGCAACAGGAGGAACUCACAGCUGACACUUGCUUGCCCGUUUUCCAGGUGAGAGCAAUGGUACCAUCUACUCCAUCUGGGCGACCCUACCCCCCCGAGGGGCCUCUCAUUAAGAUUGACAUCCCAAGAAAAAGAUAUCCUGCCUGGGAUGCUCAUUUUGUAGACAGGAGGUUAAGAAGAACUAUCAACAUCCUCCAGUAUGUCACCCCCACAGCUGUAGGUAUUAGGUAUAGAGAUGGACCUCUCUUAUAUGAGUUGCUACAAUAUGAAUCUUCACUUUAAAGCUCCUUAAAGCAA